UCCAUUUUGUUUGUGAUAGCUAUCCUUUGCCUUCAUCCUUCAUGGCUUCCCUUGAACGAGGCGAUCAACUGUCACAUAAAAAUAUUGAAAUUUCCGUUCGUGAGAAUCACUUUGUGCCCAUUGAACAACACCAAGAUCCAAAAGGUGAGGAUUUCAACUUCGCUAAGAGGGGACAAUGGCUUCGUGCUGCUAUAUUAGGGGCUAAUGAUGGACUAGUCUCUGUUGCAUCAUUGAUGAUGGGUGUUGGAGCUGUCAAGAGGGAUGUCAUGGCCAUGAUUCUUGCUGGUUUUGCUGGGCUAGUUGCUGGAGCUUGUAGUAUGGCAAUAGGAGAGUUUGUCUCUGUGUAUACUCAGCUGGACAUAGAAGUGGCUCAAAUGAAAAGAGAGAAGGGAACCAACAGUGCAGGGAAUGAGGAAAAACCUGAGGAUGAGCAGCUGCCAAAUCCUUUUCAGGCUGCUAUAGCAUCCGCCCUUGCAUUUGCAGUAGGGGCAGUGGUCCCACUACUGGCAGCUGCAUUCAUAAAGGAGCACAAGGUGAGGCUUGGUGUAGUGAUUGCUGUGUCAAGCUUGGCCCUGUUGGUGUUUGGAGGGGUAGGAGCAGCACUUGGAAGGACUCCCAUGGCACGGUCUUGUGCUAGGGUUCUAGUUGGAGGUUGGAUGGCUAUGGGUAUUACAUUUGGGCUCACCAAGUUGAUUGGCUCUACUGGACUUUAAGCUGAUCGCUGGAUUUGAGUUCUUCCUCUUCUUCCUGUUCUCUUUCCUUUAGUAUGUAAUAAUCUCCUCAAUUCGAUUGAGGAAUAUGCAAAUGUCCACUGGUUUUAAGUUUGUUUUUUCAUUAAAGGAAGAACUGUAUGCCAAUCAAUGCAAUAAAAGUAUUUAUGGCUUUUGUGUAACAA